AUGGAGUCAGAGUACAUAAGAGGAGACUCAAAGGUACACCUGCCCAAUGUCAUCUCGAAGUAUCAUGCCAAUAGAUGUAGUUUCUUCAUGACGAGACUCUGGCCGCAGCCAUUUGGUUCGACUCCAAAAGCGCAGCAAGUUCUGGAGAAAGGCGGUGAACGUGAAGUGAUGUUCAUCACAAUCGUGACUAUGUUUCUUCCCCUUGCCUGGGCGGGAGAUCAUUUUCUGCAGAAGAGGGCCGAAGAUUGUGAUGUGACAGGGCACUUUAGCUGCAAUACCACCGUCUUUGAUGAAAUGGGCGAGAUCACCUUCUAUCCCAAUGAGAAGGACGAGGUGACGUUGAUCAAGAACGACUACGCAAAGUUCAUGCGGGUUGGCCUUCAUUACGGUGUUGACAACCAUGAAAUUCAACAUUGCGCAAAAGUGCCCUCACCACACCUCACAUACCGCUGUGCCAUUGUCGAGACUGUAGGGCAAGAUCCCAACGCUCGCUUCCACGAUGCCUUCACAGACUAUGUCUUCAAUGACGAUUGCAGCGCCUUUACCAAGGUGGGGACACAUUUGUCGAACACCGCUGUGGUGAAUGUGGAAUGUGCUCGCAACAAAAAGUGA